AUGGCGAACUCAGGAAGUGAGUACGAGGUGUUCCUCAAUUUUUGUGGGAUGGAUACCCGCCGUGGAUUCACCAACACCCUCUACCAUGCCUUGAUAGAUGCUGGGAUUCAUGUUUUCAUCGAUAAUGAAGAGAUUCCACGAGGUGAAGAAUUUAGUACGGAGCUUCUACAAGCAAUCGAUGACUCCAAGCUCUACAUAACCAUCUUCUCCCCAAACUAUGCUUCGAAACACUGGUGCCUCCGCGAGCUUGCGAAGAUGGUGGAGAAUGCCUUUGGACCUGAAGAAGAUGGGAAUAAGAAGGUGGAGAGCACCUCUAAAUCCGAGGAAGAUGGGAAUAAGAAGGCGAUAUUCCCCAUCUUUUAUAACGUGAAAACUGAUGAUCUGAAGUCAAACAAGGGUUUAUAUAACAAGGCCAUAGCGGAGUUGGAGCAAAAGAUGGUGAAUCAGAAGAGGAAGGUCAGCACAGAGGAAGUAGAGAAGUGGAGACGGGCUCUCCAGAAAGUCGGUGGCAUCCAGGGAUGGGAGCUGGAGAAAUAUGAUGGCGAUGGGCAUCUAAGCGAGACGAUUGUUGAAGAGGGUCUGAGGAAGCUCCAGACAAGACACAGAGAAGUGACCAUUGAUUUAGUUGGAAUGGAGAAUCGAAUAGCAGACAUAAACAAUUUAUUAGAUGUGGAAUCUGGUGAUGUGCGGCUCAUUGGAAUUUGGGGGAUGGGCGGCAUGGGUAAAACAACACUCGCUGAAAAUAUCUUCAACGAAUUAUGUCCUCACUUUGGAAGAAACUGCAGCUUUCUUGCUGAUGUGAGGGGAAGAAUGGCACAAACUAAUGGGUUAUUCGAGCUACAACAAGAAUUAUUGUCUGAUAUCUCUUAUUCUAGAGGGGCUUGCAACAUUGGUGACACUAAUCAAGGGAUCAAAGCGAUUCAACGCACACUUUGCAGCAAGAAGGUACUAAUUGUUUUGGAUGAUGUCGGCGACAGCAACCACAUCCGAAACCUAAUCGGAGAGAAGCUUUUGUACUCUGGUUCUAGGAUAAUUGUUACCGCUAGGUACAAGAAUGUUCUGGUUACCAACAAAUUUGAGUUCAAGGAAUAUGAAAUGGUGGGGUUGAGCAAUGAUGACGCACUUAAACUAUUUAGAAGGCAUGCCUUUAAGGUCGACUCUCCUCCACUGGAUUACCUCACUCUUUCGGGAGACAUUGUCUCUACUACGGGUGGCCUACCUUUAGCUCUUCGAGCAAUAGGUUCAUCACUUUUUAGUCAGGAAGACAUUGAAAUAUGGGAAGAGAUGCUAAAGGAGCUGAGGAAAAUACCUCAUGAUAAUGUAUUGGAAAUGCUAGAGAUUACCUAUAAUGCCUUGAAACCUGGUCAACAACAGAUAUUUCUCGACAUUGCAUGCUUUUUCAUCGGUUCCGAUGAGACUAAUCCAAUCUACAUGUGGAAAGAUUGUGAGUUUAGUCCAAAAACUGCUAUUCGUGUCCUUAUUAACAGGUCCAUGAUAAAGGUUUUAGACAAUAAUAGAUUUUGGAUGCAUGACCAAUUUAGAGAUCUUGGAAGGGCAAUUAGUAAUCGGGAGCGCAGCAGGUUUUGGGCUAGAGAUGACAUCAUUCGUGAAUUAAGAAUAGCCGAGUUCAGCACAAGCGUACAAGCAAUUGAUUACAACAGCGGGUCAUGGAUUGAGGAGGAUCAUAAGCAUCUACCUCUCACUUCAGAGCAAAUUAAACGGCUCUCACAUCUUCGAUUGCUGCAGUUGCGUAACAUAACCUGCCAUGGCGACUUUAGAGGCUGUCUUUCCGAUUUGAAGUGGAUCAACUUGGAUUACAAGGAUCAAUCGUGUUUUACGGCAACCAAUUUCAAUCCAGAAAACGUGGUUGUGAUGGCAAUUUCUGGUGAAGCUUGGAGAGAACAUGCGGUCAUAAGCCUAGUCGAGGGUGCAAGGAAAUUGAAGGCUCUCACUCUUGCACGUAUCCCGUCGCUACAUAGGACACCAACCUUUUCCGAAGACUCCGUUUUGGAGAAGUUGACUUUUGAUAACUGCGGAUAUUUGAAGGAAAUUGAUUGCUCUAUUUGGAAACUGCGGUGGCUGACCGACUUGAGUCUUGAGUACGGUGUGGCACUGAGAAAAUUGCCUGAACAAAUUGGCGAACUAAAGAAUCUUCAGCACCUCUCUCUCAUGAGUUGCAGGAGCUUGACGGAACUUCCCGACUCAGUUUCAGACUUAAAAUCAUUGGCGAAGCUGAAUUUAUCACACACGAGCAUUACAAGAUUACCAGAUUCCAUUGGUGGGCUACAAAGCCUGUCAUCUCUCGAUCUAUCACAGACAAGCAUAGCGAAAUUGCCUGAGACAAUGGGCAAGCUCAGUCAACUCCAUACACUGGACCUACAUAAUUCUGAUAUCCAAGAGUUACCGAAGCUCCCUGGAAGUUUGACCACUCUACGGCUGAGAUCUAGGUCGUUGCAGACUGUCCCUGACCUCUCAAUCCUUACUAAUCUAGUUGAGUUGCUGCUAUCCGAUGCCUCUGAUAUGAAUGGAAAAUCAAACAUAAUUCAACCUUGCGACUUGCCAUGGAUUGGGAAGCUAUCCAAACUGAGGAAGCUGGAGUUGUGCCUUUUAAACGUCAACGCAACGUCUACUGAUUGGGCUUCCCUUACUCUGCUGAGAAAACUUACUCUCGAAGGACUAGAUUUGCAAAUGCUGAAACGACUUCCGUCAAACUUGAGAGUUCUAGAGCUGGAUAACACUCGAGUGAAGCAAGUAGAACUCGAUGGGCUGCCUCAGUUGGAAGAGUUGGCUAUCUCCGGGUCUGAACUCAUCACAAGAAUAACAAUUCCAUCAAGUUUGAGAAAAUUGAGAGUUGCCCGGGUGUAUUCUUGCAACAAGCUAGUCGAAGUUCAAUUUCUCGGUGUCUUAGAAUCGAUAGAGACAUUAUGUAUUGGUGAAUGCGAAUCUUUCAAGAGGUUGGUUUAUCUGUCGGAGGGGGAGCCAGGGUGCAAUGAGGCACAAGCUCCCGAGUUGACUGAUGGUUGGGGGCGAGUUUCCCUUGUCUCAAGCUCCCUAAAGAUGCUUCAGCAUCUCAACCUGACGUGCUGCCCAGAGCUACAGGAGAUUCAAUUUGUUUCAACGUUCGAAUCAUUGGAAGGAAUUGUUGUUCGAGAGUGCAUUUUGUUGAAAAGGUUAGGGGGUUUGUCAAACUUGAAGAAUUUGAGGCGUUUAAAAAUUGCAAACUGCGAGAGCCUGCAGGUUGUCGAUGGCGUUGACGAGUUGGAGCGUUUGGAGCAGUUGGAAGUUUAUAGCUGCCGAUCAAUGGAGAAGAUUAUCGAUGCAUCAAGCUCAAAAAUACCGAACGAGUGCCAGGUGCAGACGAGGGAUUGUGGGGAGUUACUCGAUACUGGUCCAUAUGCUUCUGAAAUCACUUGGAAGUGUUACAGAGAGAAGAUUCUGAAUGCACCAACACAAGCAUUGGACUUGGAGAUGGAAACAACUUCUUCCGACUGGGAAACAGAAACAGGGGAUCCUCUGUCGGAACAGGCGCAUGCGUUGGGGACUUUUGAACUUCCUUCUCAUCAGCAAGACGAUGGUGACGAGGAUGACCACGACGAGGCCGACGGCAUGGAGGAUGAGGAUGACAAGGACAACAAUGGGCAUGAGGUUUUGCAGUCAUCUCGUGGGCCUCCGCCGAUUUCUUCUGUGGGCGAUAACGAUGGGAACAACGAUGUCACUGAGGAAGGCAGAGGCAAAGGUGACGGGGAAGACGAUGAGGACAUGAUAAGGACUAGGAAGAUAGGGACGAUGAAGAAGCUGAAGAGGAGUGGGUUCUGUAGUUGUCUCGAGGGCCUCCGUAUGUUUAUUCCUUGGAUAAUGACUGGCAACGAUGAGAAAGAGGAAGAGAGCAAUGAUGACGAAGCCGAAGAGGAGUUAAGAGAUGGGAUAGAAUGA